UAUGGUCCUUCCUAGCAGAAAUCAGCUGACUGUGCCACACCACACACUCCUCUCUGUUGUCAUGUGCAAAUGCAGUCUCACAGGUAUGGAUUCCUUUCGAUUUUAUGGAGUGAGGCGUGCUUUGGAGCGUGUUCUUCAUGGCCAAAAGGAAAAUGAUGAUGACAGUGAUUUUGAUGAUAAUACAGAGGAAUGUCCAGACUAUGGGAGUGAUUACAUGCCGGAUGAUGAAGAGCUGGAACGGGCACCGUUGAUUGAUGAACCUGAUGACCCUCCUGAAUCAAGACCAGGACCUUCACAGCAGAAUCAAGGUCACAAGAUGGCUUCCAGUAAAAUAAAACGUAGUGAGCACCCACUAUGGCGUCAAAUUGAAGGCCAGAACACUAGCUUAGACACACCUGAAUGGUUGGGUGAGAUUGAGCCUUCAAGGCAUAUCCUUUGAAAAUGACAAGGCUUUGGGAAAGAAAGGAAGGGGUACACAACCAGGAAAAGAAGGCUAUGGUGGAUGAUGUUGAGGUUCGGGCUAUGAAAUGGAUGGACAAUAAAGGCGUCACUUUGCUGUCAACAUUUGCAUCAGCAGAGCCUGUGGGGGAGUGUAAGAGGUAUGACAAAAAGGCUAAGGCUGUGGUCACGGUCCCAUGUCCUGCAGUUGUGACAGAAUAUAAUAAAUUCAUGGGUGGUGUGGAUUUGAUGGACUCACUCAUAUCACUUUACAGAAUCCACACCAGGUCCAAGAAGUAUUAUCACAAGAUAUUUUUCAUUUUCUGGAUGUCACAGUUGUGAACUGUUGGUUACUAUACCGCAGAGAUUCUAGCGACCUAGACAUUCCUGAACGAAAAGUAAUGAUGCUUCAGGAAUUCAAAUUGUUACUGGCAGAAUCCCUGCUUCUUGAAGGGAAAAAUCCCAUGGCUAAGAAAAGAGGUCGUCCCUCCUCUAAUGGAGGAAGUGCUGCACAGUUUGCAAAGAAAAAGAAAAGCUCCCCUGCCACUAAGCCCAUUCCUGCAGAAGGAGUCAGGACAGAUGGAUAUCACCAUUAU